GAUGAACUUUGAGGUCAAAUACCAUCGCGACGAGAAACGCGUUGCCGUCUGCUCUGCAAUUUUGGAACGAUUAAAAGCGUGUUUAGGGGACAAACGCUUCACAUUCUUAGCAUGGCUUGACAGCUGAAGUGUGAAGCUUGAACAACCGAAGAUGUUUAUUUAUUUGAGCAAAAAGAUUGCUAUUCCCAACAACACCAAGCUUCGUUGUGUAUCAUGGAAUCGGGAUCAAGGUUUCAUAGCGUGCGGAGGGGAAGACGGCUUGCUGAAAGUCCUCAAGCUGGAAAUACAAACAAGUAAAGAUGCCAAGAUCCGAGGGUUGGCAGCACCCAGUAACCUGUCCAUGAAUCAAACACUGGAAGGCCAUGGAGGUGCUGUACAGGUGACAACAUGGAACUCCGGGUACCAAAAACUGACCACAAGUGACCAGUAUGGCCUGAUCAUUGUCUGGAUGCUGUAUAAAGGUUCUUGGUAUGAAGAGAUGAUCAACAAUAGAAACAAGUCUGUGGUGCGGAGUAUGGCGUGGACGCCAGAUGGCCAGAAGAUAUGCAUUGUCUAUGAAGAUGGUGCUGUGAUUGUGGGGUCUGUGGACGGCAACAGGAUCUGGGGGAAAGAUAUCAAAGGAAUGCAGCUCAACAACGUGGAAUGGUCAUGGGACGGCAAGCUACUGCUAUUUGGCAUGAACAAUGGAGAGAUACACAUCUAUGAUAGCCAGGGAAACUUCUGUAGUAAGCUAAUGACAUACUGCUUGGCCAAUGUGACGGGUGCAGUGAAGAUUGCUGGCAUUGACUGGUAUAACGGGAAGUUUGGCUACGUGGAACCUAGCUGCCCUACACUGGCCAUAUGCUUUGACAACGGACGAGCACAGAUAAUGAAACAUGAGAAUGAUGAGAAUCCUGUGCUAAUAGACACAGGUAUGUCAGUAGUACAGAUACAGUGGAACCACACAGGCUCAGCACUGGCUGUAGCAGGCUCACAGAAGUCAGCACAACAAGACAAGGACAUCAACGUGGUACAGUUCUACACACCCUUUGGAGAGCACCUGCGAACCCUGAAGGUACCAGGCAAGCAGCUGACCUCAGUGUCAUGGGAAGGUGGUGGCUUACGCAUAGCCUUAGCCGUAGAUUCCUUCAUCUACUUUGCCAAUAUCCGACCUGACUACAAGUGGGGCUACUGUGCCAACACGGUGGUGUAUUCCUUCUCUAAGCCGGAGCGAACCGAGCAGUGCGUGGUGUUCUGGGAGACUGUUAGUGGAGAGCGUCACAUCAAGUAUGUCAGAAACCUGAUAUCUGUCACAGCAUAUGGAGAUCAUUGUGUGCUGGCAACCAAGGCGGAUGAAAGCACUGGGCAGGAAGCCGGGGAGCCACAACAGUAUGUGCUAGUGCUGUGCAAUUCGAUAGGAACACCGCUGGAAUCAAAGUACAUUGAUAUUGAACCCAUCUACAUAGCGGUGACUCGGACCCACGUCAUAGCAGCCUCCAAGGAGGCAUUCUAUGUCUGGCAGUUUAAGACGGCUAAGAAGCUAACAGCGAUGGAGGUCAACCAAGCCAUGGGUCGUAAGAAGGAUAGCAGAGAGAGGGUCUAUCAUAUCGAUGAUACGCCCUCAGGGGCUGGGGAGUCGAUACUGGACUUCAGCAAGGCUUUUGCUCCAACCAAUGAUGCAGUUUGCUGUGUGUGUGCUUCAGACAAAUUACUCAUUGUGGGUCGUGAGUCUGGCACACUCAAUCGUUACUCACUGCCCCACCUGGCUCUCACCAACAAACACACGGUCAACUGCCGCCCACACGCACUGUCACUCAACUGUAACUCAGCUCGUCUAGCUAUCAUCGACAUCACUGGUAUCCUGACCUUCUUUGACCUGGAGACCAAGUGGGUCAACGGGGACGGUCAGGAGAUACAGGGACAGCAGCUGGAGUUUGAACGUAAGGAUGUGUGGGAUAUGAAGUGGGCUCAGGAUAACACCGAGCUCUUUGCCAUGAUGGAGAAGACGAGGAUGUACAUCUUCAGGAACCUGGACCCAGAGGAGCCCAUCAUGAGCUCUGGUUACAUCUGUCACUUUGAGGAUCUUCAGAUCAAGUCUGUUCUCCUGGAUGAGAUCCUGAAAGAUCCUGAGCAUCCCAGCAAGGACAACAUGUUGGACAUGGAGAUCAAGUCUUUGCGUGACUCCAGAGACCUGCUUGAGAAGGUUGGCAUUGAAGACGCGGCACAGUUCAUUGAAGAUAAUCCUCAUCCCAGACUUUGGCGUCUUCUGGCCGAGGCCUCUUUAGAGAACCUAGACCUGAAGAUGGCAGAGCAGGCCUUUGUACGCUGCAAGGACUACCAAGGCAUUGAGUUUGUCAAGCGGCUGGGUAACCUACAGAGUGAGGUGAUGAGAAGUGCAGAGGUGGCUGCUUACUUCAAGAGGUUUGAAGAUGCAGAGAGGAUGUACAUGGAUAUGGAUCGCAGGGAUCUCGCAGUCAGUCUGCGCCUCAAGCUAGGCGACUGGUUCCGCCUAGUUACAGAUCUGUUUGCCAACACUUUGAAUUGCAGGGAUCUCGCAGUCAGUCUGCGCCUCAAGCUAGGUGACUGGUUCCGCCUAAUUACAGAUCGGUUUGCCAACACUUUGAAUUGCAGGGAUCUCGCAGUCAGUCUGCGCCUCAAGCUAGGCGACUGGUUCCGCCUAAUUACAGAUCUGUUUGCCAACACUUUGAAUUGCAGGGAUCUCGCAGUCAGUCUGCGUCUCAAGCUAGGCGACUGGUUCCGCCUAAUUACAGAUCUGUUUGCCAACACUUUGAAUUGCAGGGAUCUCGCAGUCAGUCUGCGCCUCAAGCUAGGCGACUGGUUCCGCCUAAUUACAGAUCUGUUUGCCAACACUUUGAAUUGCAGGGAUCUCGCAGUCAGUCUGCGCCUCAAGCUAGGCGACUGGUUCUGCCUAAUUACAGAUCUGUUUGCCAACACUUUGAAUUGCAGGGAUCUCGCAGUCAGUCUGCGCCUCAAGCUAGGCGACUGGUUCCGCCUAAUUACAGAUCUGUUUGCCAACACUUUGCAUUGCAGGGAUCUCGCAGUCAGUCUGCGCCUCAAGCUAGGCGACUGGUUCCGCGUGGUGCAGCUCCUGAAGGCAGGCAGCGGUGGAGGAGAUGACACUCAGCUCCAACAAGCCUGGAAUGCUAUCGGUGACUACUAUGCCGACCGGCAGAAAUGGAGCAACGCUGUGACCUACUACGUGCAGGGUAACAAUCAGGAGAGAUUGGCUGAGUGCUACUAUCUCCUGGAGGACUUCGUGGGGCUGCAGAAACUGGCUGACUCGCUGCCCGAAAACCACCGACUCCUGCCGGAUAUAGCCGCCAUGUUUGUGACAGUAGGCAUGUGCCAGGAAGCCGUAGCCGCUUACCUCAAAUGUCACCAAGUCAAGAAGGCAGUAGACUGCUGUGUAGAGCUCAACCAAUGGGACCAGGCGGUGGAGUUAGCCAAAGCCCAUAGCAUCAAGGAGAUAGAUAACCUACUGGCUCGCUAUGCUGCUCACUUACUGGAGAAGGAUAAGAAACUACAGGCUAUAGAGCUGUACAGGAAAGCCAAUCACUUCAUCGAGGCUGCCAAACUCAUGUUCAGUAUCGCAGAAGAGAAUGUCAAGAAGAAGGUCAAGCCGCUGAGAACCAAGAAGCUGUAUGUCCUCGGUGCCUUGAUGGUUGAGAGCUACCAUGAACAGAUGAAGCUGUCCUCUCGAUUGAAAGCAAAAUCGAAGAAGAAAGCUGAGGCAGCCUCAGCCCUAGCCGGCCUGCUUGAGGAAGAGGCUAUGGCUAGUUCAGAUACCAAGAUCAUUGACAAUGCCUGGAGAGGGGCUGAGGCUUUCCACUUCUUCUUACUGGCUCAGAGACAGCUCUAUCAAGGUUAUGUUGAUGCUAGCAUGAAGACUGCCCUCCACCUGCGUGAAUACGAUGACAUCCUAGACCCAGUAGACAUCUACUCCUUGCUAGGUCUCGCAGCCUGCGCUAACAGGGCAUUCGGUACCUGCUCCAAGGCAUUCAUUAAGCUGGAGUCAACGGAGGCUCUGACCCAGGCACAGCAGGAGCAUUACGAGGCACUGGCACUGGAGAUAUUUACCAAACAUGCUCCUAAAGAUUCACGUACCAACAAGUCGGAAUGUCCCAACUGUGAGACGAUGCUACCAGACUGGUCCUCCAUGUGUGCUAGCUGCGACUCCAAGUUCCCUACCUGCAUAGUGACUGGUCGUCCCAUCAUGGACAAUCUGUUCUGGAUGUGUGAUACCUGCAAGCAUCGAGCCUACGAGAGCGAGAUUCGCACUGCUAGUACAUGCCCACUCUGUCACUCACAAAUCUAGACACAAAUUAGUGUUCUGUGUCCAUGCUUUUUGGUUGUCGCACUCGGAAAAGUAACAACUCCUCUAAUCAGGGGUGAAAUUUUUCUGGAUUUUAAUGUAAAAAUUCAUCAAUGAUAAGUUUUCAUCACUGUAUAUUUCCUCUUUUUUUUGGUAUGAAAAAUUUGAUGGGCAGAGUCUCUGUAGCCCUUUUCACACUAAACAUAUUUCGGGGUUGACGCAGGGUUUCCUCUU